AUGGUUGUUAAGGUUGAAGGUGGAGAAGAGCCAUAUGUGAAGGGUGAUGAGCCGUACACCAGAGACAUCAGGGAGACCCAAAGGGACAUCAGUGUUGAGGAGAAGAAGGAUGGACAUUUGAGGAUUAAAGAGGAGGAAAUUCCUAUAGAGAUCAGCACAGGUGGACAGAAUAACAGAAACCUCAGUGCGGCAGCCGGAUGUUCCAGUCCUCCUUACUCCCAGCAAUCUACAAAGACAAAGAAAGACCAUGAGACAUCACAGGACCUCCAGGAGGAAAAUCUGAUCAAAGUUGAAGUGAAAGAGGAAGAAGAAGAAAUAGAAGAGACCUACGUGAUGGGGGAUGAGCCGUGCAAGGAGGAAGUUCCUUCGGAGAUCGGUAGAGAUGGACGAUACAGAAGGUACAACGCAGGAAAACGUCGCGUCGCGUCUGCAACGAAUGGUGGAAUGGACGAGGACGACGUCACUUCCAAUUCUUCAGAGGAAAACCCAAUUACCGUACGGGUCCUUCCAGUACCUAACCGCGCAGAUCCGUCAUCCAAACCCGCUAUACAAGGCCGGAGUUUUCACGAUCACUCAUCUGCGGUUAACCACCACGGAGGGGGAGAAGCGUUCCCAUGUUCUGAAUGCGGGAAGUGCUUCACCCGGAGAGGAACCCUCACCGCACAUCAGAGGUCUCACACCGGGGAGAGGCCUUUUUCAUGCCCUGAGUGCGGAAAAUGCUUUUCUUGCAAGAAAAUUCUCAUCAGACACCAAAGAAUCCACACGGGGGAGAAGCCGUAUUCGUGCCCCGAGUGCGGAAAAAGUUUUACUCAGAAAUCAGGUCUCAUCAGACACGAGAGCGUUCACACGGGGGCAAAACCAUUUUCGUGUUCUGUGUGCGGGAAGUGUUUCUCCAUGAAGGUGACUCUUACCAAGCAUGAAAAAAUCCACACGGGAGAGAAGCCAUAUUCAUGUUCGGAAUGCGGUAAAUGUUUCUCCUCUGGAACGAAUCUCGUCAGACACCAGAGAUCCCACACCGGCGACCGCCCGUAUCCAUGUUCCGAAUGCGGCAAAAGCUUUGCGCAAAAGUCGUAUCUGGUGGAGCACCAGAGACUUCACACCGGGGAGAAACCGUUUGCAUGUCCCGUUUGCGGGAAAUGCUUCACGCAGAAGUCGGUUUUGGUUACGCACGAAAGGAUACACACGGGGGAGAAGCCGUAUUCGUGUUCGGAGUGCGGAAGGUGCUUUACUGAUAGGGCCACUCUUGUGAGACACGAGAGAGUCCACACAGGGGAGAAGCCGUAUUCGUGCUCUGAAUGUGGGAAACAGUUUUCCAAGAAAUACUCGCUCAUUUGCCAUCUCGGCUCCCACAACGGGUCAGCAGCUUCUAUGUCAGGGUGUGGCAACUGAGUAAGGUUGACCCU